AUCAGGUUUGGACUCAGACUCGCCACCGAAUACGUGCACCACAUCACGGAUGGCUUCAAAACCGCACUUCCGUCACAAUCUAGUUCAUCAUGACGCCGCCACCUCGCGCUCGGCGGUCGGACGCCGACUACGUCCCCCAGCACCUGCGGCACUUCGUAUUCCACUCGCAGGAUGACUUUUACGUGUCUCGCCACUUCGACCCACUGCUCCUAAGCCACCUCAUGUACGAAGGAUUCCUGCCCAUCGCGUCGGAGUUCCAAGACAAGUGUUUCCUGCUGCCUAAGCUGCACCGUCAGCGUUGUGUGCUGCUUCUAAAGCCCAAUGCACCCGAGCACGUGCCCAAGAUCGUACGCAAACGUGCCAAGAAGUUUAAGUUCGUACUUAAUCGCGACUUUGAAGGCGUCGUGGAAGGCUGCCACGAGAAGCAUGGCAUCCCAUGGCUGUAUCCACCAAUUGUUGAUAGCUUCAAGACCUUAUUUCAAGCUGGAGACGACGGCGUAGAGCUCUAUCCUGGCUGUAAAGUCCGAUUCUUCACAGUAGAGCUCUACGACGCUGCCACGGACGCUUUGGUCGCCGGGGAGCUCGGAUACACCGUCGGCAGCGUCUACACGAGUCUGACAGGCUUCAGUCGGGCUAAUGGAGCAGGCACAGUACAGCUGCAUGCGCUGAGCAAGUUCUUAUACCUUGCAGGCUUCAAGAUGUGGGAUCUGGGCAUGUCUAUGGACUAUAAAAUGGGGCUGGGAGCCAAAGAUCUGGACCGAGAUGACUUUCUGGACGAGCUGUACAAGUGGCGUUCCCGUCAGGUGCAGAUGAAACUGGACGAGAGAAAAAAUGAGGGCGAUGUUAGUGUGGGUGUGUCGGCCAAGGCUCUAUUUGACAAUGCAAGGCUCCCGACUGGGACUGCUGAAGAGGAAAAAGAGAAGCCAAAGAACGGGAAGGAGACAGAGGAGAAGCGUGAGGCUGGUGCUAAACGGAAGCUUUCGUCUGAUGAAGAGCAACAGGGUGAGGAGAAGAAGGGGAAAUCUGAAGCGGCCGCAAGGUCAUCAGCAGAGGCAGAAGCACAGGUCAAAGAGAAAUGGGAGACGGACGACGGUAGCUCCAGCACAAAAAAUUGAGCUGCACUGCUGGUAGUCCAUGAAUGAUCCGCUUGUACGAUACUUCCCAGGUUUCCGUCCAAAAGCGCGCCACCAGGGAUUUUCACAAGGGUUUAUUUGCUUUUUCUUUCAUUCUGUUCUUGAGCUGACUCCAAUCGUUGCAGCUCUGAAUAACGUUUUGUACAUUGCAUGAGGCAGGAUCGGGCGCGACUUCCUCCGGUGUUCUCGUUGCAUUACAAGAAACCUGCCUCCGAUA